GUGCUGGAAAAUUACUCUGAUGCUCCUAUGACCCCAAAACAGAUUCUGCAGGUCAUAGAGGCUGAAGGACUAAAGGAAAUGAGAAGUGGCACUUCUCCCCUCGCCUGCCUCAACGCCAUGCUCCAUUCCAAUUCAAGGGGAGGUGACGGACUCUUUUAUAAACUGCCUGGACGCAUCAGCCUUUUCACGCUCAAGAAGGAUGCCUUGCAGUGGUCUCGGAACCUGUCUGUGCCAGAAGGGGAGGAGCUGGAGGACACAGCAGACGCAGAAAGUUGCGAGUCCAAUGAAGCGAGCACUGUGAGUGGUGAUAAUGAUGUGUCUCUUGAUGAAACCUCCUCUAAUGCCUCCUGUUCCACUGAGUCUCAGAGCAAGGGACCUGCUACUACCAGGGAGAGCUACAGAACCGCCUCCCAGACAACCAAACAAAAGAAAAAGACUGGUGUAAUGCUGCCACGUGUUGUCUUAACACCACUGAAAGUAAAUGGGGCACACAUGGAGUCUGCCUCCGGCUUCACAGGAAGGCAUGCUGAUGGGGAGAGCAGUAGCACAUCCAGCAGCAGCAGCAGCUCUUUGGCCCUGUGCAAAGCCACCUUGCGUAGUAGAACGGAAAUAAACAGGGAUCCUCCGCAGCUUCUGAGAGGUAUCCGAAAGCCCACAGCUGGGCAAAUGAAACGAAACAGGGGUGAGGAUAUUGACUUUGAAACACCUGGUUCCAUUCUUGUCAAUACAAACCUGCGAGCUCUGAUAAACUCCAGAACCUUUAAUGCACUCCCAUCGCACUUUCAGCAGCAGCUUCUCUACCUCCUUCCAGAAGUUGAUAGACAGGUUGGGGCUGAUGGGCUGAUGCGUCUCAGUGGUAGUGCUCUGAAUAAUGAAUUCUUCACCCAUGCUGCGCAGAGCUGGAGAGAACGACUAGCUGAUGGUGAAUUCACCCAUGAGAUGCAAGUUCGAAUUCGGCAGGAGAUGGAAAAGGAAAAGAGAGUGGAGCAAUGGAAAGAGAAGUUCUUUGAGGACUACUAUGGACAAAAGUUGGGCUUGACCCAAGAAGAAUCCCAGGAACAGAAUUCGGUGCAAGAAGAUGCUGAGAACAGGACAGGACUGUCUGUUAAAGGAGAAGCACGACUGCCGCGCAGUCCUUCCACACGGCAGAGAGAUGGACACUUCAAGAAACGCUCCCGGGCCGACCUGUGGUGCAGAGCCAGGAGGAGCCUGUACAAAUUGCGUGAACCUGAGCAAACAGAGACUUCCAAAGAGAUUGCUUCUGUGGGACCAGAUUCCUCUCUUCAUAAAGAGACAAAGCCUGAGAUAGACCUGAAGAAAGAUGAUCUGACGAGUUCUUCGGCUGCAGUACUGAAGCCAGAGAGUUCAGAGUUGCACCUCUCUCCAGAGACUUCCAAAUUACACAGUAAAUCGGAAGAUCUGUCAUUGGCAGCUGCAAACAGAAUUCCCAGUUUGCCCCAGGAGAACUCUGCUCGGGAGUCAAAGGACCAGAAGAGGAAAAGCUUUGAGGAGGCUGCCUCUGCGUCCUUCCCCGAAAAGAAGCCCCGGCUUGAAGAUCGUCAGUCCUUUCGUAACACAAUUGAAAGUGUUCACCCAGAAAAGCCACAGCCUACUAAAGAGGAGCCAAAAGUCCCACCCAUCCGGAUUCAACUUUCACGUAUUAAACCACCCUGGGUGGUUAAAGGUCAGCCCGCUUACCAGAUAUGCCCCAGGAUCAUCCCCAACACGGAGCCCUCCAGCCGGGGCAGGACUGGGGCCAGAACACUCGCAGACAUUAAAGCCCGUGCUUUGCAAGCCCGAGCCCAGCGAGAAGCUGCUGCAGCCGCCAUUGGAGGUGGGGGUGGCCCAGGUGGAGGGAGAAGCACUGAUGAAGGAGGUGGUGGAGGAGAAUCCAGCAGCCGUACAGAGCACAGGAGAUCAAAGAGAACUCAUGGAAAGCGUUCGAUAGAUACCUCUGAAAAACUUCUGCAGCAAAGGGAGAGGUGCCCCAGAACAGAACCAGAAAAUGCACGUCAGCCACCGAGAGAGACUCAAGAGUUCAAGACAAACGGAGAUGAUGAAAUACAGAGUACACACAGUGAAACAACAGAUACUGCUUCAGAUUUUGAAGGUGACGUAGCUGAUGAGAAUGUCGAGAUGGAUAUAUGUUUCAGAAGUGUCAGCUGUAGGGAGGUGGCUGGAAAAGACUCCUCCUGUCACAGCAGCACUGAGAGAUGUGGUAGGAUUAGGUCAAAAUCAUCUGUGGAAACAGAUAGUCUGGCCUAUGUGGACUUCCCCGCAGUCGCAGUGAUGAGCGCUGCACCUCCAUCUCAGAGAUGGGGACCACGUGCACCAUUGCCCCAGAAAGCCGAGCGGCCGACAGGUUCUGCUCGGCCCGUAUCCUCUAUUGAAACCAACAACCCUUUGGUGAUGCAGCUGCUUAAGGGGAACCUUCCACUGGAAGAAGUUCUCCCAGUAUCUCACGCCAACAUCAAGCUGGAAAUUACACAGCCACCGCUGGACAAGCAGUCAGAAAGCCUCUCCCUGCAAAUGGAGAGCAGUUGCUAUUUUGGCAAAGAAUCUUCUCCAGAUGUAGGAAUAAAGACGAUUGCCCUAAGCAGGAGUGAAGACCUCCACUCAAUGAGAUCUUCCAUAGAUCCCCAGGAGAAGAAGUGCGGAUCAGGGGCAGCAUUGCCUAGAGCAGAGGAUGCGGAGGAUCAGUCAGUUCCAGAAAAACAUUCCAAAGUUGGCUCGACUUUAAGCUGCCAAGACCAACUGGCAAAUGUGGUAAGUGCCUCUCAGAAGCCUGGAGAUAUGGGCCCUCGGGAAAGAACAUUUUCUUCCUGUAGCUUUGAGGAGCAAAAGGAGUUGCCCAAGGUCCAUCGGGUGCCACAGCACAACCCAUUAACAAGUGUUGUCACAAAUAAAAGUCCGGAGAAGCUGAACACCUCUACGGAGCCUCAGUUUUUAUCUCCAACUGUAACUCCCCUUGGUCCAAAUCAGACAGGGGGUACAUCGGGGAAUAAAAAUUAUGUUGGAGUUCAAGGCAAAAAACUCUUUGGUUCAGGUUUUCGUUGCAACCCCAGUGUUAGACUACAUCACUCCAGGGUUUUGGAUCAAGUUUCAGCCAUGGGAACCUUGUCCCCCAGCAAACAGAUUCCUCUGAACAAGAGCUGUGCGUCAGGAGAAGGAAUGCCAGCUGCAAGGGAAGGAUGGACUUCAAAGCAGCACACCAACACCCUGGGAGGAGUCAAAAAUGAGAAUGUGUUGGCAUGUGGCAGCCCCGCCAAGAGUAACGCGGAGAACCGGAAAGAAGCAGCACAAAACCCCGUGGAGCUGACUGAGCAUUUGCAAAGUGUUCCGCUGGUUAUGGACUUGCCAUUUUUUAAGUUUUCGAGGGAACCAGGAAAAGGACACAAUCACCCUUUGGAGCCUUCUUCCAUACCCUCUCAGCUCAAUAUCAAGCAAGCAUUUUAUGGGAAGCUUUCUAAGCUGCAGCUUAAUUCCACCAGCUUUAAUUAUUCAUCCAACACUCCAGCUUUUCCCAGAAGUCUUGCUGGAAGCAUGAUGCAGCUCACCCACAAAGCGAACUUUGCUGCAAACCAUAACACGUCUCUUUCUGUGCAGAUGUUUGCUGAUAGCAGCAGUGUUGACGAGAUAUCGUUCAAGUGCUCGUGCAGCCUUAAAGCCAUGAUCAUGUGUAAAGGCUGCGGGGCGUUUUGUCAUGACGACUGUAUAGGACCCUCUAAGCUUUGUGUAUUGUGCCUUGUGGUGAGAUAA